AAGGUGCCUCUCCAAUUUUUGCCUCCACGGCGAUGAUCACAAACUUGUUUACGACUCUGUUGACGAAGAAGCCGGGUCGCAUAUCUCACUGUUCGUGAAACCGUAGCUCUUGAGAUAUAAUCAGCGAGAUGCAUCCAAUUCUGCCCAAGUGCUUCACGCCGUAUAAUGCUCGGGUAUAGCUUGAGGGAUGGCUUCCUGGCUGUCGUUUUCUUCCGGUCGCUGGCUGCCGCUAUGGACGGUUGCUCUGGUGCUGGUGGGCUGGGCGAGUUGUUUUCGAUAAACGCCGCGGUUGACAGGUUGCAGUCAGGUUGCAGUGCAAGUGGACAUCUUCCCGGCCCGCCAUUCCCCUGGCCAUUCCCCGUGUUGUUCCGUGGGAACCUUCGCCCCUCUUCGCUCCGUUCUCAUUACGACAAAUCGCAACAGCAGCAGCAGCCUACAUACCACGACAUCCUUCUCUCUCCCUCCCUCCCUGCUCACUCCCUGCUCCACCUACAGUUCGACCGUCUUUUGCUCACCCCCACGACUUAAUUCGGACCCACCUUCUCACAGCAACCCCCACUCCCACUCCUCGCUCCCUCGAACGUCGUCACACACACACGCUGAUACACCGGGCUUGGAGAAGUAUGAUGCGGUUUAGGACAACGGGGUUCAAUGGCUAUGCGGUACGUAUCCACAUA